AUGGCCACCACCGCGCGGCUGGCGGCGGCGCGCCGGGGGGGUGAAAAGCCGCAGCAGCUGUGCGGCACAGGACACGGGGCAGCGUCCCCCUCCCGCACCGAGACCGAGCGUCCCCCCCACGCCGUCGCAGCCCGAAGGCAGCUGACCUCCACGGGCCGUGCCGGACGCUUCUCGGAGGGCUUGUUCCUGCUGGAGCACGGUGAUCACCCCAGGAUGAAAACCUGGGUCUGUGAUUCAGGGCAGAAACUGGAAAUUUUCAUCCCUUUUCUGGGCAAAUACCGGCCGCUCACGGGGCGCUGCUGCCAGACCUGCACGCCGAGGAGCUGGGAUGGCUUCUACCACGCGCAGCUCUCCUCCCUCGGCUUCCGCAGCGCCGCCCAGGUGACGGAGGAAGACACCAGGUACCGGGGCUGGCUGGUUCGACGCCUCUGCUGCUUCCUGGCUGUCUGGGACUGGAAGGUGCCCGCCGACACCCCCAGGGACCUCCCGGAGAGAGUCUGCCGCAGCCGCAGGGUACGGGACGUCGCUGCCGGCCAGGCCCGUGGCUCGGGGGGGGACAGCGAGUCCCGCCGGCGGUGGAAGGAGAAAGCCCUGGAGAUCCUGGCUGGGAUCCAGGCCCCGCUCUCCCUCCCCGUGCUCAGGUUGUGCAGCUGGGUCCUGCUCCGGCUCCUGAGCCGCCUCUUCCUCAGCGUGCAGCUCCACCGAGGGCAGCUGGAGAUGGUGCUGAGGGCCGCCACGACGCCCGACGUGCCGCUGGUUUUCCUCUCCACGCACAAAUCCCGGCUGGACGGGCUGCUCCUCUCCUUCUUCUUCUUCUCCCACGGCCUGGGGGUGCCCAGGGUGACGGUGGGCAGCUUGAACUGCAGCCCUCGCCUCCGGGCCUUGCUUCGCUGCCUGGGAGGGGUUUUCCUGCCUGUGGGGAUGGAGCAGACAUCGAGAGGCCAGGACGGAGGGCUCCCAGGUGCUGUGCUUGCCUCGUACGUCGAGGAGGUGCUGAGGAGCCGGCAGCCUCUGCUGAUCUUCCUGGAGGAGCCCUGCGCCCCGCGGCGCCUUUCGGCCGCUGCCCGCGAGUGGCUGGCCCCCGUGUACCGAGCCGUGCGGGACGGCGCCGUCCCCGAUGUCCUCCUGGUCCCUGUGGGCAUCGCCUACGACCUGGCCCCCGACUGCCUCGAGGGCAGCGGAGCGCAUGGCGCUCGGCCCCUCAGCCUCAGCGCCUGCCUCUGGGCCGCGUGCCGAGCCCUGCGCCGACGCCUCGGCUGCGCCCGCGUGGACUUCGCCCAGCCCUUCUCCCUGCAGGAGUUUGUGGCCAAAACCCUCAGCAGACAGAGCAGCGCGGGGAAGCCGCCGGAGGAGCUGCUGCUGCCCACCAUCCUUGGCACGCACCAGCUGCACAGCGAGAGGGCAGAGCCUGAGGGUCCGGCGCCUGGAACGGCUCCCGGCUCGGAGGCAGAAGACAAAAUGAUGGUGACCAAGCUGGGCCUGCACGCCCUGAGCGACGGCGCCGCCUGCUCCGCCGUCACGGCCGUGGGCAUCACGUCCGCGCUGCUGCUGCACAAGCACUGCCAGGGCGUCCUGCUCUCCCGGCUCAUGUCGGACUUCGCGUGGCUCCUGGAGGAGACGCUGGUGCGCCAGCGCGACGUGGGCUUCUCGGGGCAGCUCCGCGCCCUGGUGCGGCACAGCCUGGCCCUGCUCAGAGCCCACGUCACCCUCUACCACCUCGCACCCCCUGGUGACGUCCUGGUGGUCCCCGAGGUCUCGGUGGAGGCGCGCCGGGAGCUGAGCCACCACAGCGCAGCCCUGCUGCCCGUCUUCGCCGGCGAGGCGGUGGGAGCUUGCGCCAUCCGCGCCCUGCUGCUGGAGAUGCUGCCCUUCCUGGGGGCGGCCGCCUGCCCCUCCAGCAUCACGCUGAGCCAGGACGAGCUGCUCCACAAGACCCUGGCGCUGCUCCAGCUGCUGCCCCCCAGCCUGCUGGGGCUCCAGCCCUGCCAGCCCCUUGAGCACCAGAGCCAGGACGUCUUGGACAAGCUCAUCUUGUGCGGGCUGCUGGAGGCUGAUGAGUCGGAGAACGAGCGCUGGCUGUGCGACCUGGCCCCGCGGCCCUUCAGCAAGUGGCAGCCCUGGGCCGAGGUGGAUUUCACCGACAGCGACAGCGACGGCGAGGACGUCUGCAAGCGCUGCUUCAAGCUCCGAGACCCCGAAGGCUCGCCUGGCCUCCUCCUCUUCCUCUGCCGCCUCCUGAGCCCUGUGCUGGAGACCUACGCGCGAGCGGCGGCUUUCCUGGAGCAGCCCAGCUGGCCCCAGCCUGCCCCAGCCCCCGCUGAAGCCCACGAGGGCUGCGCUGCCCCGGAGCGGGAGGGUGUCGGGGUUUUCCCCCCCAACCCUGGUGCUGACCCCGCUCCCCCCGCAGAGGCAGCCUGCGCGGGCGCGCUGCAGCAGUUCCUCGCGGAGAAGGAUGGUUUGGAGCGCCCCACCCGGAGCCUGGCGCUGAGCACGCUGCGGACCUUCAAGGAGAUGGGGGUGCUGGAGGAGGCGCCGAGCCCCGCGGGGCCCCUUCUGCACCUCGCCCAACCCUUCCGCUCCUCCGAGGGCCGGGGGAAGCUGCGAGCCUUCAUCCAGCAGUUCGUGCAGCCGUAGCCCCCCGGCCACGCGGCGCAGCAAUAAACCCAGCUGCAGGCGCACA